AUGACUUCGGUGGAGCAUUGGCGGGAGGCAUGGAUCCAGUUCAAGUUUGCCCUUCCUGUUGCUGGUGCGAACCUGCUCCAGCGUGCUGCAGUUUGGGUAACCUGGAUCUGUGUAGGGCACUUGGGGGAAGAGAUUAUGGGACCUGUUACACUCUCCAGCAGUGUGAACAACGUCCUGGGCGUCUCAGUGGUGGGCGGCCUUUCUAUGGGCAUUGCGACACUGGCGUCUCAGGCCCAUGGAGCUCGGAAUGACGAGGCCUUGAGCCUGGUACUGCAGCGGGCCAUCCUGGUUGGCCUGCUUGGCUCUCUGCCUUGUGUGGCGCUGCUGCUUGUGAUGCGGCCACUGCUCCUUGCACUUCACAUGACCGAAGACUUUGCCAAUGUCGCUGGCCGCUACGCCUUCUGUGUGCUCCUCGUGACGCCUUGCAUGGGCGUACAGCGGUCCAUCGGCAUGUGGUUGGUUUCUCAAAAGAUCAACAUGCCACGAUUAGUGGCCAUUGUUGUUGCAUUGCCCCUACAUGCGGCCAUGACUGUGGCGGCUACAGCUUUUAGCAACUUUCGCUACGAAGGCGCCGGUGUCGCCAUGACGCUCAGUACGGCCCUGCAAGCUGGGCUUCUGUAUUGCUACAUCUCUUGUUCCUCUGCUUGUGCUGCCUCCUGGAAAGGCUUUACGAGACAGGGCCUCAAAGACUGGGGUCCAUACCUGGAGGUGGCCAUUCCGGGUGUUUUGAUGAACACGGAAUACUUCGUGGGAGAGUCGCUGGUCUUUGCCGCAAGCUUGCUCCCAGAUCCUGACACCUGCCUGUCUGCGUUGUCCAUCUAUCAGCUCACCCAGACGACCUGCUACCAGAUUCCAAGCGGCAUUCGCAUGGCCAUCAGCGCUCGAGUCGGGAACCAGCUAGGGGCCGAGGAACCGCUGCAGGCAGCGGUCUCCAGCCGAGCAGGUUUGAGGCUUAUACUGAUUUGGAUAUGCUUGCCUUCCGUGGCACUUCUAGUCUUCACCCGGCAGUGGGGCUUAAUGUUUACAACGGACGAGGAUGUUCUGAAGCUACUUAGCACUCUGGUGUGGCUCAUGCUAUUGUAUAGCAGCUUGGAUGCUAUACUUGCCUACUACAAUGGUGUCCUGUCUGCCUGUGGUCAGCAGAGCAUCAGUGGCAAAUGGGCAAUUCGAGGCUACGUCUUCGUCAGCUUUCCCCUUGCGAUGCUUUUUGCUUUUGGGUUCAAGUGGAGGGUGCAUGGCCUCUGCGCUGCUCACUGUAUUGGCAAGAUAGUUCACACCAUUCCAUGCAUGGUGGCGGUCUGGCAGAUCGACUGGAACAAGGAAAGUGCCAGGGCGGUGAACCGCGUGGAGCGCGUGGCAGCCGCCUCGACUGUUCCACUGGUCCGCACCUCGAGUGAUGCGACUCGGAUGAUCGCCAACAACUCCGCUACUGGCGCAGCCAUGGUGGAGGCCCAUGGCGUCGAGGCAGUUUUAAGCGCAAUGAGGUUGGACCUGAGCAAGGCAGAUCUGCAGAGCGCAGCUUGCAAGAUCUUGUGCAGCGUCGCAAUGUGUGAUGCCAAAUGCCAAGAGAAGGUAGCCAAAUCUGGUGCUGCUCAGGCAGUUCUCGACGCGAUGAGAGCGCAUUCUUCCGUAGCAGCAGUCCAGGAGCUUGGCUGUCAGGCCCUGAAGGAGUUUGCGGCCUACAAUGCCGAAAGUCAAGAAGACAUCUACAUGCGAGGUGGCAUCCAAGUGGUCCUUAGGGCCAUGGAGGCCAACCCGCACGUGCCGAACCUCCAGGUGAUGGGUUGCGGAGUGCUGCGAAAUCUUGCAGCCUGCAACUCCGAACAGCAGCAAGCAGUGGUGUCGCGAGGAGGAAUUCAGGUCGUCCUCGACGCCAUGUCUAUGCACAGCGACAGCUCUGCCAUGCAAUGGGCAGGCUGUUGGACAAUGUUCUGCCUCUGCGUUCACAACGCAGAAAUGAGAUGCGAGGUGGCCGCGUACGGCGCAGCGCGUGUUGCGCUGAAGGCCCUCGAGGCUCAUCGAGCCGAGCAUCGAGUGCAGGAGGCUGGCUGCUGGCUGCUCAAGGCCGAUGCUUUGGAAAUGCUGUCGACUGCACAAGUCCGCGACGGCCUGAAGAAGUUGGCCGAUGGGUCAUUGCUGGAAAGCGUGGCGAACGUCUCCAACACGCUGCAGAGUCUUCCGGUUGCUUGCAACGCAAGCAACUCCAGCAGCGGAGCCCGCCAGGAGUAUUUAGUCGAGCUCCCGAGCCUCUCGUCUGUCCUCUGGCUGAUUGCCGUGGGCUUCUCCAUGAUGAUGGCAUUCUUGAGCUUGUGCAUCGUUCUCGGCGAGUCGAAGGUGAACCAUGAACGCCUGCAAGCACUGGAGUCCAGGGCUGUCACUGGGCAGCAGCAGCAGCAGCAGCAGCAGCCAAAGGCCAUCUGCGACUUGCGCUUGUUGGCUCUCGAGGACAUCAAGGAGGAGGAGCCGAAACUCCGCACCAAGGUCCUCUCUGGGGCUGUGGGGGCAGCCAUCGGGAGCACCACUGGUGCGAUCUCCGGCACUGCCGUGGGAGGCACCGUCGGUGCCGCGAUCGGCCUUGUCCCUGCAGUGUUCACUUUCGGCCUUUCCAUUCCAGUGGGUGCCUUCAUCGGCUCCUCCCUGGGUUUUGCCUCCGGCGGCGUGGUUGGCGGCUCUGCCGGCGCUCUUGGCGGAGUGAAGGCGGCGAAGUUGCUCCGCAAAGGAAGAAGUCGCAGCUUCUCAACGGACUCAAUGGUGGAGAGGUGUCCACAUUCGUUUCACCCAGCGACCUAUCAGAUCGAUCCAGAAUUAGCAGAGCACAUGGCCACCGCCAAGGACCGGGCGACAUUCUCAGCUGCGAUUCAGGCGGCGCUAAAGGCACUUGAAAAGCACCCAGGGAAUGCGGCGGUGCAGAAAGCGGCGAGAGGUGCACUUCAGAGCCUCUCCGCUUUUGACAAGGAGGGAUGGGUAAAAAUGGCCUGCCUUGGGCGAUGCGGGCGGCUCGGGCGUACAGCGACCAUGCGGACCCUUGAGGCCUUGUCCUGGAGGGAGGGUUUGCUGCCGUUCGGGUUCAGACGCCAUAUGUUGGAACCAAAAUGUCGGCAACUAGGUAGUUUCAUAAAGGGAUGCAUGCAUUCGUGCACUCCAGUCUGGAGCCAAUGCAUACAUGGAUAUUUGAUUCCAUGCACAAUAUCAUGUAGUGCGGAUGUGUUCAUGUGUUUGUACGCACGCAUGACGUAA